UACUCUAAUGCGGAUACCACUACGUUCUCUGUUACAUAUAUGCAGCCCAUAGUUAAGGACCGAGUCUCCCAUUCUUGAUCCCAAGGACCGAUACUCCAAUCAUGUCUAGUCCGUCUUGACAGUAGGCUGUAAAAUGAAUUGUUGCAGGGGUACAGAGGCCCAAAAAACAAGACUAUCGAAAACUCUCAAAGCACACACGGGGAGUUUGUUGACCGGUUUCACGCUGCUUGCCGCUUUCAUUGUGGUGGGUGUCUUUGGACUGCGACAAUAUGUUACGUCUCACCACGUGGUGCAAGCUACGGCCAGUACACUCCGCACGAUUUCGCAUCAAACUCAAGCCGAGGUCUUCAAGCAGCGAUCGCAUAGGAUCAGGCAGUCCUGCAUCAACAUCACCAGGGAGUUCAAACCUUGGCCGUACCUCUCAAAUAGAACGUUCAUCCAGGCGUCUUCAUUCACAAAACUUUACGUGGAUGAGACGCAUAAAGUAGUUUACUGCCGGACUCCUAGUGCCGCGUCCGUCAACAUACAUCGAUGGAUGCUGGGUCUCAAAGGGAUUAAAAAUUCAGCGGGUAUAACUGCUUUUGACAUGUUUAACAGAAAAGGCAAAUACUAUCGGGUAUUUCGCAAAAUGAAGUUAAGCAAUUAUAAAGUUGAAGACAUAAGGAGGAUAUUGAGUAAUUACACUAAAGUGAUUGUUGUGAGAAAUCCCUUCGAACGUCUCCUGUCUUUGUAUCGCGCGACGAUUGAAAAAGACCAACUGAUGGGGACUAAUCGUGUGUUUCAACCUUACCGGGAGGCAAUUCUUCGCCAAUAUAAGCCGGGUCUGACGGAGGAUGUAUACAAAAACGGUCUGGGGAUCAAGUUCAAGGAAUUUCUAAACUUUCUUGCAAAUCCUCGCGAUUUUGCGACGCUGCCACCAGAGGUGUCAUGGAUGAGGUACUACGAUUUGUGUCACCCCUGCGUCGUGAAUUACGACAGAAUCGUCAAGUUUGAGUCAUUUCGAGAGGACAUGAGUUAUAUUUCAAAGGAGCGUGGUGCUGAGAAAGUCCCCGCGACUUUUCUGUCUUCGCCGAAAACCUCCGCAGUUCUGUCCGCAUAUUAUAAAGAAAUCCCCUACACUGACUUAAUCAAACUCAAGAAGGUUUUUACGGUUGACUUCGAUAUUUUUGGCUACGAUUUCAAACAAUUUAUGAACAGAAUUAUACAAUAUUUAUAA